AUGAAAAAUGUUUUAAGAAAAUAUACAUGCUUAUUUAUAUUUAUAUUUAUAAAUAUUGUUUUAACUACAUAUAGUAAAGUUAUAAAAAGAGGAAAUAAUAAUAUUACGAGCAACUAUUUGUUUCCUAAUAAUUAUGAUAAUAAUUCACGUAUAUACAAGAAAAGAAAUAGUAAUCAAUUUUAUUUCCUUGAAAAUGAAAAAAAUAAAUUAAAAGAAUUAUGGAAUAAGCUAACAACAAGAUAUUCAAUUAAGUUCCAUACAAAUAAUGAAACAGGAAAUGAAGAAACAGGAAAGAAUAAUAAAAUAUCUUUUAAAAAUGUUUUUAAUAAAAUCAGUAUACAAGAUAAUAUGGAAAUGAUUAACAAUGUUAUAAUAAAAAACAGCACUGUAAUAAAUGCAGAAAUAUUAAAUGAACUUAUGAAACAAAAUAAGUUACUUACCAUAAGAUAUAAAGAUAUUAAUACCAUAAUAAAUAUUAUUAACAAUUAUUAUGCCAGUAACAAUUAUCUCUUUUCUAAAGUAUUAACGCAUGAAGUUGUAAAGAAGGGGAAAGAUAAAACUUUAGUAAUAUAUGUAAAGGAAUGUAUUGUUCAUAAAAUUAUGGUUAAGAUACACUCCUGUGAUAAAGAAAAGAAACAGGGUGAUUCAAAUUGGAAUAAAAUAAGAAAGGGGUUUCAGGAAAAUGAUAAUGUGGAAACAAAUUUGCAAAUGGAUCAUAAGGAUGUAAAAUUAUUUCAACAUAAUGACAAAUCAUCUCAACAUAAUGACAAAUCAUCUCAACAUAAUGACAAAUCAUCUCAACAUAAUGAAAAAUUAUUUCAACAUAAUGAAAAAUUAUUUCAACAUAAUGACAAAUCAUCUGAGCAAAAGGAAGUGUCACCUAACCCCAAUAUAACAAAUUUUAAUAAGGACAUCAAAAUAAAUGAUAAAGAAAGUGAAAAUAUUUCAAACGAAGAACCAAAGGAAAAUGUAUUAUUAAAUAGAGAAAGUGUUUUAUAUAAAGAUGUGUUAAAUUAUAAUUUGAAAGAAAAAAGUGUGUCGAACAGAAAACUUAGACGUUUUUUUGAGAAUAAGAUGAAUAUAAAAGAAAAUGGUAUAUUUGUAUGGAAUGAGAAUAUUUAUAACCUUUUAGUAGAUUCUAAUUUAUUUAAAUAUGUCCAAAUGAAAUUAUAUAAUGAUAAAACUUGUAAUAAGAAUAUAUUAGAAAUUAAUAUUAUUGAAAAUAAAAGAAUGAUAUUAAUUCCUAGUUUAUCAAAAGGUUUUAAUGAUUUUUUAGAAUUUUGUUUAAAUUUAUCAUUUUCCUAUUUACAUAGUUUAACAUAUUCAGAUAAGUUUCGAAUGAAAUAUUUUCAGAAUUUAAAUUAUAAAAAUAAUAAGCAUAAUUAUGAUUUUAUAUUUAUAAAUGAUUUAAUAGAAUUGGAAAAGCUAAAAAAGAAUUACCCUUCCUUUCAAAUUAUUGGUAUGAAUAUAAAUAAGGAGUAUAAAAAGGAGGUACAUACAUCUUCAUUAAAUAAUUUAAUGAAUAUCAUAAGUAUAAAAAAUGAUGAUAAUGAUGAUGAAACGUUAAAUGUAUCAAGUCCGAACUUAAAUCAAAGUAAUUCAUUGUUCCCUAAUACUCCUAAAUAUUCUUUACAAGUAAAGGACUUAUACAAUUAUUUAUAUAAAAAAACAUUAUUUUUUUUCUUUAUUAAAAGGAUGAACAAUGUUAUUUUAGAAAUAAAGACGAAAUUUAAGAGAAAGGACUUCCAAAACUUUUUUUACUUUUUAAAAGAGCAAAGAUAUUAUUCAAGCGAUGUAGGAAGUACACAGGUUUGUGCCAACAAAAGUGAUGAUCACAAUAAUGUUAAUAAUAAUAAUAAUAAUAUUAACAAUAGUAAUGGUAAUGUUUCUAAUAUUAGUAAAUGGAAAAAUCGUCUUUUGUAUAAAUGUAUGAAUCUCUUUAGGAAUGAUAAAAAAAGCGUUUUAUCUAAUAAGUUAUAUAAUUUAUAUGGAUCAAAAAUAAAAUUGUCGACAUCUAUAAAUUUGUGUAAUCCAAAUUUAUUUCAAACCAGUAAUUUUUUAAAAAAAUAUUUUAAUGUAAAAAAUAAAUUCGAUUUAAUAUUUUAUUUUAACAUGCAAAAAAAUAAUUUCCCCUACGAAAAGGAAAAUUCUUCAAACACAAUAGAGAACAAUGAUAAUAAUGAAGAUAAUUUAAAUUCUAAGAAUGAAAAUAAGAAUAAUAAUAAUAAUAAGAAUAAGAAUAAAAAUGAAAAUUUACAUAAAGACUUCCUAUAUUUUUUUAAACAUGUAAAUGAAAAAAGCUCUCAUUUAAAAUGGAAUAAUAUUAACAACAUAUACUUAAAUUAUACCUUACAUUUUAAUAAAAAUUAUGAAAUAAAUAUGUAUGAUUUAUUUUGUACCUUUCAAAAUAUGAUAAAAAAAAAAAUCCUAAAAAUUAAAAAUUAUUGUAAAAAAGGAAAAGACCGAAAGAAAGGAAACGAAACAAAAGUUAUAAAUGAACUUAAUUUAUCGAAUAAUGAUAAUGCUAAUUCUGUUUAUAUACCUUUAUAUUUUUUCAAAUUAUCAAUAAAUGACAUGUCUCUUUUAUUAAAUAUAAUGUUUUCUUUUAAAAAAAAUUUAUGGACUCUUAAUAAUAUAUUAUUUGAUGUUAAAGAUAAUGAAAAUAAAAACGGAAAGAAUAUAUUAUCCCAUUUAAAGAACAUAUUGAAAUGUAACAUAAAAAAUGAACAAGACAACUCAAAAAAAUUUAAAGAAAAGAUAGAAAACAUAAAGGUUACUGCUUCAAAUGAAAAUUUCACAAAUAAUACAUGUACAACAUAUACACUGAAUAAUAUAAAUAUGAAUGAUGCUUAUAAAGAAUAUUUUAAUAAAAUGAAUUUAUCUUUAAAUUAUAAAUUAAUCUUUCCAGUAAUAUUUAAUAAUUAUUUUUUAAAUCUCCUUCAUAUGAAAUUAUAUCUUUUUUUUAAUUGUAAUAUAUUUGAUAAAUUACAAGAAUCUCAUAAAUACUGGAACGAAAAUAACAAAACAGAACGAAAUCAUAAACAUAUGGAUACUAUCAAUAUACUUAAGGGUUAUUAUAUAAAAAGUAAAAAAAAAAAAAAAAAAAAAGAACAUCAAGAUAAUUCCUCCUAUGGAUUAGGUAUCCUAUUAUUUAAUAUGAAUAUAUAUUUAAAUUUUAAACUUCAUGGAAACAAUUCCUUGCCCUCAUUGGUAUUGAAGUCAAAGGAAGAUAAUUCAAAGUUUAAUUAUUUAUUAUAA